UAUAAUCUUAUUAUAACCAAUAGUUAACAUUAUGGGUUUAAAUUAAAUGAAUAAAACGUAAAGAAAAUUAAAAUAAGUCGUAGUAAAUAUACUUGAAGUAUCUAGUUGCCAUAAUUUAUAUUAUAAAAAAUUUAAGUAAAUUUAUUGUUAAAUAACAAAUAAAUAGUAACACACAUGUUAAACACAAUAAUUGUAGGUACAAGCACUUUAGCCUCUAUAGGAAUGCGAGUUAAAUAAUGUAAUAUUUUUUAUAAGAUCCUCAAUAGUAUUGGUAACCAUGGCAACUUACUCCAAUUGGAUGGACUAUGGACAAACACAGCGGGCGUACUUAACAUGCGUAGUACUUAACCAUACUACUCAAUUUAUUAUAGUGCAUACAGUAGAAAAUCCUAUAAUCAAGAAGACGUAACUAUGAAAAUCGGUUAUCAAAAAUAUUGACAAUAUAAUUGAAAGUAAAGAGUUUAUUUAAAGACAAUUAUAAAUUUGUACAGCGAAAAAUAUGCUAACGAACACUCAAUCUACUGGGAAUAAUUAUCCAGCUUGUAGUAUAAAUCACGUUCUAAAGGUGACGUUAAAAACUCGAGUGUAGAAAAUGUUUAAUUAAUAUUGGUUAACAGGUAGUUGAUAAUGACAAAAGUUUCAACGGCAUCUAAUAAAUCGUUACAUCUAACUGGAAUCGGAUUGGCAGUCCAGGCGUUUUAUAUAAAUUUAACCCUGGACACAGUGAUGGGUGGUGAUUUUGUUCAGUUAAAGCCUGCAGGACCACCCAUCAUCAAUCCGGCAGGAGUCUGGAGCGUGGAUCAAGUACCCCAGGGAUAUGCUACAGCUGGCAGUAAUUUGGCAUUAAACGGAUUGCAAGCGUUACAGGCUUUCGGUGGAAACAAAAUCGAUGCCAACGGAUAUCGAGACCAGAAUGGGUUCUACCGAGACAAUAACGGCGCACUAAACGGAUAUGACGUCGGCAAUACUUAUGGCGGUGUCAACGACCGUGGAGUUACAAGUGUGGAAGGUGGAGCUUAUGGUGGUAUAAAUGGACGGAACAAGGGACAUCAAGUUGCUGGAUUCAGUACUUCGUAUCAAAAAAAUGAAAGCGGUAAUAAAGCUACGUAUUAUGACGAUGGUCUUGGACACGGUGGAGUGAUUCAAUAUGGUGCGAAAGAUCAAAGAUUCAGAGACGGAGAAGGCAAGGCAUUCGGAGGGGGUUACCACGAUUCGUCGGUGAAGACGAACGCAGUCGGUCAACAAGGCCAGUACGGUAACGGGGACGGUUACCACACGGCCGGCGGUCAAACGGGCGACGCGGUCAACAAUCAGCUAUACGGCACGCGAUCCGACAGCGGCCCGGGCAUCGUGGCCGGCACUCCGUUUUUGGUGUCCACCGCCGACCCAUUGCCACCAGUCGUCCAUCUGCAACCACAAUACGUGCAACAAUCCCCACAGUACAUCCCUCAGGCGCCGCAGUACGUCCCGCAGGCCCCGUACGUCCCGCAGGCCCAAUACGUCCCGCAGGCCCCGUACAUCCCGCAGGCCCCGUUUGCGCCCCAGGCCCCGUUUUCGGCCCAGGCACCCGUUUUGUUCCAGAACAACAUUCCACAACUGCCGCCGAUCAUACAGCAGCAGCCGGGAUCGAUACUUCCGCCGUACAACGUGCAAUUGCCCGCCUUAUCGCUGUCAGCACGCUCGCCGUCCGGCCAAUACGUCGUGCCCAUGCCACCAAAACUCUACGUGGACAAACCCAACGCCACGACGGACGGUUGAAAAUUCCAAUCCAUUAUUACAGUAUAUUCUUACGUUGUUGUUUAUUAAUACAUUAUUAUACGAUAUUAUUCGUGAGUCGGUGGUUAUUCGUUUAGAUUAUAAAGCUCAAUCGGGUCCAACGAUGUUAUAACUGCAUAAUAAUAUAUGGCAGGUGCCUAUUAUGUAUUAUAGGUUGUUGUAUUAUACCUAGGUUUCUAAUCGAGAUGGCCAUCAUUGUUGUUGCUUGUAGAUUUUAUAUUUUAAAAUGUUUAAAGUGUAAUCGGCUCAAAAUGUAUAGUACCCACCUACCCACAUGAAUGUGUAGAGUAUCAAACGAAUACAAUAGUGUGGUGCUAUAUAAUGUAUGCAUAUAAACAAUGCACUAUCAAAACAUUGAAAACUACAUUUUAGAUCACAUUUGUCUCGCACUUUUUUACAUUUUCGUUUUUUUUAAACUCACAGUUAAUAUUUUACAUUAUUUAUUCAUACGAAACAAUUGCAGAUUGUUUUUUUUAUUAUUUGUUUACGACUAGACCUCUCGGAUUUACUUAUGACUCAGGGGACAAGGCGUAUUCUCCAGGGAUGAGGGGUAAAUCAAAGUAUCUUUUUUGUAUACGCACCACCGAGGGUGAUAAUAAAUUCUUGUAGUAACUGGAAAAUCAACACCUCCGAAAUGUAUUCGACGUUUUCCACGAAUAAGAAUACUUUUAAAAAGUCACGAAUUUCCAACUGAAGUAAGUACUAAGUUUAAGCAUGAAAAUAAUGAUACAAAAGUAUUGAGUACUUUGCACUAAUGACGACAAGUAUUUCAUUAUUAAGAAGUUAAGUUUUGAUUACUGUAAGGACGUUGAUGUAUCAACAAUAAACAAUGAAGAUUAGUAAAAACAUAUUAUUGUUUAAAUGUAACCAUAGUUUUAUGUUAUAGACUAGCU